CUUUUUUUAAAAUGAAAAAGACAGAAACAAGAAGUUGACCUCAUCAUUUGUCCCAAGAAAUGUCAGCUAAUGAGCAACUGAAUGUGUGUGUACAAGUAGUGGAUUAGUUGAGCCAUGGGGGUUCAGAUAAGGUAGUAGGAGGACAGAUGAAGCGAAGAAGGGAGGAGAUGGGCAAGGGCAAGUCUGAGCUGAGGUUGGCCAUGGAGGGGCUCUCCUUCUUCAGUUCAGGAGAUGGGAAGGAGGACCAGGAGCAGGUGCAGGAGCAGCCAAGGUCAUCCACCAUGGAUCUCCUCUGUGUCUCCAAGCAGCUCAUCCAUGUCCUUGAUGAGAUUGGACCAACGUUGCUAGUCCUGAGGCAAGACAUUCAGCAAAAUGUCCAGAGAUUAGAAGAACUGCAUGCAAAAGAUCCUUCCAAAUAUGUGAGCUUAACGGCGAUAGUGACCGAGGAAGUGGAGGAAGGGACAUCAAAGAAGACCAACAGCUGCACCAGAGCUAUCAUCUGGCUGGCUAGGUCAAUAAAUUUUUCAAAAUAUUUACUGGAAAGGCUGGUGAAAACCCCUGAUUCGAGCCUGGAAGAGGUUGUGGAAGAAGCAUAUAGAUGUACUCUGAAGCCAUGGCAUGGCUGGAUCUCAUCAGCUGCUUACAAGGUAGCAUUGAAGCUCGUCCCAGAAAAAGAGAUCUUCAUAGCGCUGUUGAUAGGGAAUUGCCAAGAGUUUGAGGAUCUAGCAGAAGAUGUGAAGAUCUUGACCGAUACUGUUAAGCCCCUUUUAGAGGAGAUCGAUGCCAUUUUGGCUAAGCACAACUUGGACAAGCUCAAAUGCUCUUAAGACACAAGAGUUGCCCAUCACCUGAUGACUGUACAUAACUGCAGAAGCUAAUUAACCUAGCUUUGCUUGGUCCUUGUAAAACCGAAAUGGUCUUGUUUUUGGGUGUUUGCUUGUAGAUUUCAAGUGACAAAUUGAAUGUGAAAGAAGUGUUGAGUGUGUUCCUGUACUUGUAGUUUUAGUGGAUGCACACCCUUACAGCCCAGGCUCUUCGGCUCGAUUAGUUCAUGUUUUCUUCUUAGUACAAAAUUACCUAGUUCUUCCUAGCUAGGUAGUCUGGUAUUCUUGUCCUUGUAGUUUUAGUGGAUGUUAUCUGAAACUCAGAGGAUUGAUACAUUUGGUACAUGGAUAAAUCUUCUCUCCCCUUUUGUCC